CAGAGGCUUCUUAUACCACUCAGGCUCCAUCACCACAAGGCUGCACAUUCUUUAAUUGGAGAGAUGACUGCCAUUGGUCUAGAUCGUGACUAUCGUGCAUUUGCGGCUGAUACCUCAGCUCACUGGCCCCGCACAUAAGAACAGGACUCACCCCAACUACACACUGUGUAUUUCGUCCACUCGUUACUCGCAAUUGGCCUGCUCAAAACACCGCUGCUUGGGAGGUAGAGCCGCUUCACACUCAGUCUCCUCAAAUGCGGAGAUUAUUCAAGAAACUCAAUGCCCAGGCUGCAUCCAGCUCUGCAAGCCCCAGAACGUACGAGCUGAAGGGUGGUCCUUUGGAUUACUUGCAGCUUCCUGUGAAUGGCCUCGGAAAACGUCAAAUCCGUCUGAUCGAAGUCUUACAGGGUGACGAUGGCACUCCGAUUCGCUGCUACAUGACCGUCGCGGAUCUACCCACUAAUGACCCGGUGAUAGACGCCCUCCCACCAAACUACAUCCACUGCGAUCAUUGGGUUGUCGACAAACCAGACGAAGCGCUUGGGGCGCAAAUGCACCGAGACGUUCGUGCGUUGCAGACACUCAAGACACACGACGUGUUCGUUCCGGUGAUGGAUCUGGUGAAGACAGUAACUCAGGAAGACAUCAUCACUGUCAUAAGCGAUCAAGAGAUUAUCGAUGGGUUCAAGAUGAAUAUGGGUAUGCUCGAUGAUAAUGACAAUAUCGAGUCUAACUGGGACGGUCCCGUGGCCCAGGUGCCCCUUGAUACAUUCCCAAUGUUCUACCGCAAUGAUUCGGAAGCCGCCAAUAAGUCGUGGCAUGCAAAUGCCACGAACAACUACCUCGCCAUGUCUUACGCUUGGGGAGAUCCCAGGGCACCAAAGAAGCACAUUUUCGUUAAUGGCCAUCGACAUGAAGUGACUGAGAGCUUGCAUGCAGGCCUCAGCCAGUUCCGAAAAAUGGAGUACUUCCUGAAUCGAGGCAAAGUCUGGAUCGAUGCGCUAUGUAUAAACCAAAGUAAAGACGAAGCGAACAAGAAGGAAAAGAAAGCCCAACUCAGACUAAUGGGCAGCAUAUACCGUAACGCGGGCAACAUCAUCGUCUGGCUCGGUGAAGCGGACGCGUACAGCGAGAAAGCCAUCAAAUCACUGCAAAGCACCAGUCUCUUGUAUAGGACCGAGUACAUCGAGACUUUUGAUAACGCGGAUCCUUACCUUGCCACUGCGCAUCGGGAAGUUGCUUACUUCCGCAUGAAAGCUAGCAUGAUCAAAUGGUCCAAAUUCUUGCGGGAACACAAUGUCAGCGACCCGGUGAAUGACGUUGCGAUAUACAAGUUCUUCGACAGACCGUAUUGGAGGCGGCUGUGGAUCAUUCAGGAGCUGGCAAAUGGACGCGCGGGAAUGCCGAUUGUGUGCGGAUCCAGAGUGACGCAGUGGAGAUACAUUCGUGACGGCGCGUUCAUGUAUAUCCCGCUCAUGGAUAUGCUGCAAGAAUCGACGCGCGGCAGUAUGGCCUCUUUGGGCGCUGGUCCCAUGACGAAGGAGCACUCCAUACCUCAUGUCGCCGGUAUCGCUCAGCUUGAGAUCGCGGGUCAUCGCAAGAUCCUCCCUGAGGUCGACGUAACAUUUCUACCCAUCAAAAGCAACCAAGCACCGACACACGGUCCUUUGAAAGGGUCGUCUUUCAAGCAGGCACUUAUGCUCGCAUCUCGCGCCGAUGUCUUCGAUGCAAAAGAUCGUGUCUACGGCAUGUUGGAGAUUCCCAGUCUGCCGAAGCUAGACAUCGAUGUAGACUACGACAAGUCUGUCGGUACGGUGUAUCGCGAGUUCGCGCAAGCGGCCAUCGAGAAGGGGCGGUCGCUUGACAUUCUCUUCCUCAUCGACGGCUGUGGGCUCUCCCUGACUGACACAAUCGGGAACCCGAUACCUGCAGAGACGAUACCAUCGUGGGUCCCUGACUUUGGCGCAAAGCCCAACCGCCGCCCCGGGGUGAUUGAGGGUGAGUGGUACGCAAGCGGAAACAAGCAAGGCUUUGAAUGGAGUCAAGAUGGCAUCGUCCAGCCAUUCUAUCCCGCCGUCCAUGGAGACACAUUGACCUGCUGGGGCUUCGUGGUGGAGAGGGUUGAUGGCGUCGGUGCGAUUAAUCCAAAGGAUCUUGAGAAGGGUCACAUUCGCCCCCAGCCCGGGUUCAAGACUGGAGUUGUUCAGCCUACGCGUGGGAGUGUGUCUCAAAGCUAUCCAGAUGGAGAUCCAGAACAGGCCAGGAUGGACAUAAAGAUUGCGAGCAUGACUGAUCCGCCGGACUUGCUGUUCUCGGAUAGAGAGAACAAUUUUAUGGAGAAUGAUCGAGACCCUAUUUUCUACUGGGUGCUCUGUGGUGGGACUACACUGAGCGGUGCAAAGGCUCCUCCAGAAUUUGGAUGCCUCACGCGAUCCAUGCCCGUCUCUGAACCACCUGCAUCCCAUCCACACCACCGCAACUGGCACUUCCUCAAUGCUAACAACUCACUCCUCAUACGCAAUCGCCCUCUCUCCUCAUGGUUCCGCCCCGAUCCCACUCGCCCGUCGGCCGACGCCACCAAAGUCGCCGGAGUCAUGCAAUCAAUGCAAGCUCGCACAUUCAUGCGGCGCUUCAUCGUGACAGCUUCAGGACUUCUGGGCCUUGCGCCUGUCAUUACGCAGCCGGGUGAUUGCGUUAUGAUCUUGAUCGGCCAUGGAGUGCCGGUCUUAGCAAGACCAUGUGGCCUCGGUCAUGAGCCUGGUGGCAGGGAGGUGGUGGCAUGGAAGUUGCUCGGAGAGUGUUUUGUGGAUGGCAUGAUGGAGGAAGAGAUGAUGAAGAGGGAUAUUUGGAGUUGGCGGAAGGAAUUGGAGCCGCUCCACUUCAUAUAGCGUCCUAUGUCAUAGUUGAGUGUUCCCGUCCUCGGAUUCGUAACAAUGUAUAAAGAAUAGUAGCAGAAAGAGACCCUAGACAACCUAGAUAAAGGGCAGGCCUUUGUCUACUAAUAGAUAACGCCACUCUGUAGUAGUUACGUAGUUAUAGUCCCCCAAAC